AGUUCUUCUCUCGGAAUGAUCUUUCUUUUUCUCUCUCUUCCCAUAGCUGCUGUUCGUAUAUUAUGCUUAACCUAAUCCUUCAUAAACUCUACUGCAACUCAAUAAUACACUGUUCCUGUAUAACAUUUCAAGGCAAUUAAUCAAAUGCACAACUAGAAUCCUAAAGGAACAACUAAGCUGAUUUUUGUUAAUUAUGAAUCUAUGAUUUUCUCUUCUUCUACCUGCAUAAAUUAGUUAGGGGGUUCUUUGAUUACUGUACUAAUAUCCCUUUUUGUUGUCCUUGUUUCCUGUUAUAGAUUGUGGCAGCCCUAACCAUGUUGAACCUAAAUUUGUUGCUGAGUAAAGAAGAAUUGAACUCGAAAAGCAAGUCAAUGGAUCAAUGUCUUGACGGAUUGUUUCAUAAAAGGGGGUCCACAAGAGAGAUAGCGUUGGCAAUGCUUGUUGAUAAAUUUUGCAAGAACUUACAAAAUGAGUUUCUGGUCAACAAAUGCAAUACUUUAUUGUAUCCAUGCUUCAAUUCUGUAAAGCGAGGAUCUAGCAAGGAGAGAUAUCUAGCUUGUCGCCUCAUUGGGUUUUUAUCUAUCACCAUUGGUUGCAAGGAUGAUUUGGCACAUAAAGUAUUGGAGGAUGCAUUUCCCCCUCUUUCCAAAGCUCUUCAAUCUAAGUGUGAUCCAAUUGAGAUAUCAUCUCUACGCGGUUUGUCUUAUUGUAGUUACUGGACUGCUUAGCCAUCAUCACUUUUGUAGGAGGAGACGAUCUCAGUGAGACUGAAAGAUCGAUGCAACUUAUGUGUUAAUUUUUUCACCCGAAACUGGGUAAUAAUAUGGUUGCCCCUACAACUUGUGCAAUAGUAUUAACAACUGUGUUAUCAGCUUGGUCAUUUCUUCUGUCAACCAUGGACGUGUUGAAGGUUAAUAAAACAUAUUGGAAAGAGUCGGUGUCUUACUUCUCGGAUCUACUGGACCAUGAUGACCUUUCUGUACGCAUAGCAGCUGCUGAAGCAAUAGCUCUAAUUUUUGAAAUGGGGUCGCUGGAGAAAUUCUGUAGUGAAGCUAAGAGUUCUAACGAACAACUGGUGCAUGAAGGAAGUAAAUGUCAGGAAAGCCAUUCGGACAUAGAAGGAUUGAAGGAAAAGAUCCUAAAUCAAAUGACUAACCUUUCGUUGGAAGCAGGUGAUGAAGUUGUACAUAAGAAUGAUAGUAAGAAAAAACUUAUUGAUGACGUAUUGAGAUUUCUUGAGGACAAUGUUCGCGUUAAAACUUCAAUAAAGGUGGGAAGAAGUGGGCUUAGUGUAUCUACAUGGUCUCGAUUGAUUCAGGUGAACUUUAUGAUGCGCUUUCUAGGACCAGGAUUUUUGAAGCACAUGCAGGAAAAUGAAUUCCUUCAUGAUGUUUUUGACUUCAAACCAAAGGAAAAACAACAUAUAUCAAGUGAGAACCAGCUUCUGCCUAAUAUGUUCACAUAUGAUUAUGAAGAGGUCGUUCUCAAAAUUUUCUACCAAGGUAACCCAUGGAAAUUAAAAGAAGAAGAAAUAGAAGGCAGGCAGCCGUAUCAGAAGAAGAAGACGUCAGCGUGUCCAAACCCUGCCCUCAAAAAGGCAAAAAAUCAGGUGCGGAGGCAGAACCGCUUGAUAUCUCAGACAAGGAAUGCUGGCCAUAUGGCGGUUGGAUUGGAAGGUGAAGAUUUGAAAGAUAAUUAACCGGGUCCUUCUAACAAUGCUGGCUACUGAACAGUCUCUUUUUUUAUUCAAUUCUUUUAAUUUUAUUCAAUUACAUUCACA